UUAAAUAAAUUUAUAUUAAUCACAAAUUUAUAUUCAUAGUCGAUAAUGUCAUCGCUCUUCAAUUAUCGCCAGGUCUCUGGGGUAGGGUUCGAGGUUUCUCAAUUUCUUUGGUAUAAGGUAUAAGCAGAGAGGAACUUCUCUGAAAUAAAAGUGACGAAGAUUUGUCCGAGAGUCCGAGGUUCGAGGACUCCGAGGGAGGCCCCGGCCCCCGCGGCUGACGACUUUUAAUGGUAUCUCGUCUUCUCGUCAAUCGUGGUUACAGCAAUCCUGUAGGUUAGAGAGAAAGGAAUGGUUGUUUCCAUUUUAUUUAUAAUUUGGCCGAAUGAGUUUUCUGUUGUUCGCGAUAAACUAUGAUCCUAGUAAGAUAUUGUUACAGAAAUGAAAUUACUUUUAAAGGUUCCGAUAUUCACUGUCAAUAUUGAAAAUCUAUUAGUUUACGUCACAUACACUGUACAGUGAAUAUCAGUUGAGUUAUCUAGAGUUAUCUUUUGCUCAGUACCUAACUAUUCGUUGAUCAUGUUUUGUUUACGAAUACCGGCAAACUUUAAUAAGAUAAAAAUACAUUGCAUUUCGUGAUAGCCUCUAAUAAAUAUAAUAUAAGUAAGUUUAAUAAGAAAAUAUUGGAUAAAUUAAAUAGCUAGAAAGUUUGUAGUAUAAGAAUAAACUUUUUAAUCCAAAUAUCUGAACAUCUCUCUUGAAAACACUAAUAAUUGAAUACACAAUGUAAGUCUUAAGGUAUAAAUAUAUGAACUAUAAAUAUAUGAACAUGUCCUAGAUUACUUUGUUUUCGAAAUACAAGGUGUUAAAUUGAAUGUAAAAAUUUUUUAAGUUUGAUUUAAAGAUAUUUAAUUCAAAUUUUGUGGGCAUAUAUAUGAUAUUAAAAAUAAUUUUUCAGUAAAAUAUUCUUAUAUUUGUUAUGAGCAUUAUGCAUACAGAUUCUACACAUGUAAAUGCAAGAAUAUUAAAGUGAUAUGAGAUUAAAGUACUUCUAAAAGAAAACAAAAUGGAUAAAGUACAGGAUGUGUUGAAUGCUAGAUUAAUUGCGGCAGGCAAGCAUCUUGAACUGUCAGCUCAAUAUAAAAAACUAAAGACUGAUCAGGAACGCGUGGUAUUUACUCUGAACAUAAUGCAGGAAUAUGACUUAGUUCCUAAUGUAACCGGUAUGCCAAAAAAUGCCAAAGAAUCUGAGAAAUUACGGGAGCAGGGCAAUAAGGUCUUUGUCAAAGGUAUCGUCAACAGUAAGACAUCCAUUGAUGUGUUGAAGCUGUAUACAAAGAGCAUAGCAUUUGCGCCUUGCCCAUCCGAGCAGCUAGCUCUUGGUUAUGCCAAUAGAUCGGCUGUUUUGUUUCUGUUGGGUUUGCAUCCAGAGUGCAUUCAGGACAUUGACAGAGCAUUGGCCCUAAAUUAUCCCGAUAAUCUGAAAGCAAAGCUUUAUCUGCGUAAAACGGAAUGCUUAAUGCUUUUGGGAAAUUCUUCUGUAGAUGACAUGUUUAAGGAGGUGCAGUACUGGCUGGACAAGAUGUCUCUAAAUGACACAAGUCGAGAAAAAUUAAGAACAAAACUUGAUAUUUUACAAGAUAAGAGUGUAAAAAAGAAAUUAUGCACUGACAUAAAAGCUCAGUCAUUGGUAUCUUCUCUACCUACUAUUACAUCCUGCAAUAAUGAAGUUCCCUGUGCAUCAGACGCAGUAGCCAUAGAGUAUAAUGAACGCUGCGGUAGACACGUUGUUGCUACUCGUGACAUUCGUCCAGGGGAAGUAAUUGCUGUAGAGAAACCUUAUUCAUUAAUAUUACAGCAAGAAAAUGGGCAGACGCAUUGCUCAAAUUGUUUAAGGGUAUGUUGGGCAAACAUACCUUGUAACUAUUGCACUUAUGCCAUGUAUUGCUCAGAAGAAUGCAGAAAUAUUGAAUGGAAAAAAUGUCAUGAUGUAGAAUGCGCUGUCUUUCCCGAUUUAAUGGAAUAUUCCUUCUACAAUCUUGAUUUGUGCAGCAUAAGGCUUGCUGUGCUUGCUUUGAGAGAAGCUGGUGGAAUUAAGGAAUUAAGGACAUUGCUAAAAGAAGUUGAUGAACAUGAUGAUCCACGGACGAAGGGCUUUUCUCAAGAUGGAAAACUAUAUAGUGAUAGAUACAUUGGUGUGUAUAGUCUUGUGACGAAUACUGAGAAAAGAUCCGUCGCUGAUCUCUUUAAGAGAUCUUUGGAUACUUCCUUUAUUUUAUAUCUUUUAGCUACACGCACUGUGAUAUUUGGUGCUAAAUUAUCAGAGGAUUUAAGUUCAUUGGCGGAAAACAAUGACAUUACAUUCUUUGGCAGUCUUAUUUUAAGACAUCAACAAACAAUCCCCUGCAAUAUGCACACUGUAUAUACUCUGAUAUCGUUUGGUGAAAUGAAAGAUCUGGAGUAUGUAGAACGAGGUAUAGCUUCUAUGCCAUUUUUGAGCUUAAUUAAUCACAGCUGCGAUCCAAAUGUAUUUAGACACUCGAAACCUGAGCAUAUAGUAUUAUAUGCCAUGUAUCCCAUUAAAAAAGGCGAACAGUUAUUAGAUAAUUAUGGCACACAUUAUGCCAUAAUGUCGAAAGAAAUGAGGCAGCAAAAGCUACUCAAACAGUAUUAUUUUACUUGUGAUUGCAUACCUUGUCAGGAAGAUUGGCCUCUAUAUCACGAAUUAAAAUCAUAUAAGACUUUAGUGAAAAAAUCGUCGGAUAAGGCUAAGAUAAAAAAGGCGUUAAGAAAAUUUAAUAUAUUCGUUAAUUUAGCGACAGAGGGCAACAUUCAAGAUAAAUCUUAUAUUAUUGAAGACUUACUGAAAAUGGUACAAGUACUGCACGAUUGCGCGCCAAUGCCUUGUGAAGAGAUGAAUAACGUUAUCGAAACUUUAAAACGGAUGUAUGACUUGAGCGGAAAUAUAUAUGAGAUACCACAAGUACGAACAUAAAUGUUAUAUAUUUUUUUUUAUAAGACUUUGAUAAAACAACGUUAUUGUUAUCAUCUUUAUUUAUGCAUGAUAAUUGUAUAAAAAAAACAUUUUAUAGACAUUUCUUGAAAGUUAAUAUUUUUUACAUAUAUGUGAGGUUUUUAAAUAAAAAAUAUUUUUUAAAGAGA